UGUGCAUUAAACUGAUGCAAAAAAAAUGUGCUCGGGGGCAAGGGGUCGUUUUGUUUACAGAAAUAUUUACCGAUUAAGUUUACACACCAAAAGAGGACCUUUUUAGCUAUAUAUUAACAUCCAUAAUAAUGUUAAUUUAACUUAUUUGUGUUGGAUUUUCCAGGAAAAUUUAAAAUAAAAAGUAUAAAUGGAAAAAACCUAUUCUUACAAUAAAUAUUACCUCUUUAAUCUUUAAAAAAAACAAAAAAAAAUUAUUAAAACUUAUUCCUAAAACUGCUUCUAAAAAAAUUGGAACGGCAACAACGCAAGUCAAGGCGCAAGCGUGAAGUGACAUCUUGUCAAACAGCUUUUUGUUUAUAUUCCUGAGCUUUUGUACUUUUGUGUCUUUUCUUGUAUUUUUAGUUUCAAAACAAAAAGUAAAAGGCCACAUUUGCGUGUUACGAUGGUGAAAAGUUGUGUCGUUUGUGCCGCAACUUGGCAAAAAGGCGAUUUAAGUCGUUCUUUUCACAAAUUGCCUAAUGACCAUGCCCAAAGACUACAAUGGAUUUCAUUACUGGGAAUUAACACUUUUAAAACGAACGUAUUUGUUUGUUCAGACCACUUCCUUAAAAGUGAUUUCUUAUUUGAGGGAGAGGACCUUAUCAGUAGGACUUUAUUGAAAAAAACAGCUGUACCGCACAGGAAUUCUGGGACACUGGUUGAAGAUACCCCAGCCGAUAAUUCAGUUAAUUUACUCAAUUAUUUACGCCUGAAAGCUUCUAUUUACACUAGCACUAUACAGGAAAGUUCUUCAGCUGCCAGAACAGAAUUUAGUCCAAACAGUGAACCUAAUAUAGACAAAUCUGAUCACACAACGUCAACAGUAACUGCAUCUGGCAUUAAUAGUUCUGCAGUAACCGUAGGGUCGAAGUCAAUAAUUACUAUUUCUGAUCCAAGCCUUUUUAGUUCAGCUGUUGCACAUUCCCUGCCUCCGAAAAGGAAAAGGGUAAAACCAAAACGAUAUGCGGAGGACCUAAUCACUGAUGAUUCCACCACUCCAAAGGCUAAAGUCAGUCUCCAAAUUUUGGAAAAAACAUUUAAAAAACAAAAUAUUAAAAUUCGAAGAUUGGAACAAACAAAUUUGCGCCAAAGAAAUCGAAUUACAUGUCUAAAGUCAAUAUUAAAAUACUUAAAGAAUCAUAACAUGAUUUCCGAAGAAGCUCAACAAACUUUAAAGGUUUUUAGAACCAUCUAGUACCAGAUACAAGCAUUUAUGUUCAAAAAGAAAGGAUUGGGGUCAGGUCAAAUAAUAGAUGGCGUGGAACAUCAGGGCGGGAGGGACAAUAUCAUCUGUCAUCUGUGAUUCCCACAUAACGUUCUCAGAAUUUUAUGUCAGGUUCAUUGGCCUCUUAUAGACGUUUUUAUUUGUAUGCUAUAUUAAGUUUAAUUUAUACAGUAAAUAGUGUGGUGCAUAAGAAUAGGUAAUAUAAUUAGGAAUAAAAAGAAUUAUAGAGUAAAAAUAAGA